UUACAACUAAAUCUCUGGCCGUUUAGUCGGGUGUAGCAAAUAAAAGCGGAGCGCGCGCGCAUUAACAUCAACCAAUAAAAAAUUAAAUAAAUUAAGAAACAGUUAAAUUUAACAAAAAUCCAUAACGGACACAACUGAAGGCGACGCGUUUUUUAGUGUUUUUUAGUUAAGCAACGAUUCUACGCGCUAGUAAACCAAAACCAACAACCUAGAGCCUACGCAUAUCCUUUUUAUUUAAUAAAUUUCAAUAUAAAAUCAUAUUUAACAAAAUGAAACCUCAAGUUAACGAACAAAAUGGUAGCACUCAAAAUGGCGACAUUGCUAUAGAUGCUGCCAGCGUCGCCAUGGACGCUGCCGCGAUCGUACCAGCAGCAGCAACUGCAGCCGCAGUCGCCGGAGCCGUCGCAGCAACAGCAACUGCAGUCAGCGCGGGCGCCGUUGUUCCUGCCAAAAGUAGUCAACAGCUGAAACUGGAAUUGCUCAACAUAGGCAACGGAAAUGGCCAUGAGAACUGCACUUUCCAUCAUGAUCUGGAGCUGGAUCAUAAGCCGCCAACGCGCGAGGCAUUGCUACCUGAUAUGGCGCGCUCCUAUCGUCUGCUGUUGGGCGGUCUCGGCGAGAAUCCCGAUAGGCAGGGCCUGAUCAAGACACCGGAGCGUGCGGCCAAGGCAAUGCUGUACUUCACCAAGGGCUACGAUCAGAAUUUGGAGGAUGUGCUAAAUGGCGCCGUCUUUGACGAGGACCACGAUGAAAUGGUCGUCGUGAAGGACAUUGAAAUGUUUUCCAUGUGCGAACACCAUUUGGUGCCCUUCUAUGGCAAGGUGUCCAUCGGUUAUUUGCCAUGCAACAAGAUUCUAGGCCUUAGCAAGUUGGCUCGCAUUGUGGAAAUCUUUUCACGUCGUCUUCAGGUGCAGGAACGUUUGACCAAGCAAAUUGCUGUUGCUGUAACACAAGCAGUGCAGCCAGCAGGCGUUGCUGUUGUUGUCGAGGGCGUACACAUGUGCAUGGUGAUGCGUGGUGUGCAGAAAAUCAAUAGCAAAACUGUUACCUCUACUAUGCUUGGCGUAUUCCGCGAUGAUCCAAAGACGCGCGAGGAGUUCCUAAAUCUAGUCAAUAGCAAAUAAAUUUAUAUAAAUUUUGUAUUUUUUGACUUGUGUACAAAAUUUUUGUUGAAAUUCUUAAUUUCGUUUAGCUAAAUUUGCAAGAUACGUGUACGAGCAAGCAUCGCGAAUUUUGGUGUUGGUAGUUUAACAUAAAUAAUAUUUGUUCUUUAAAAAAACGCAGCACAUAAGUAAUAUUUUUUAUAUAUACAUAUAUAUGUUACACUCAUACAUACAUAUAUUUGUAUGCAAUAAGGGAACAACUAAAUAAACGACAUCGGAAACCGUUUAGGGAAUUUACAAUUAAGCUAAAAUUCGUAUAAAACUUAAACAAAAUAAAUAAGAAUC